UCAUCAUUAAUAUCAACUGCUUAAAUAAUUUCGAGCAAUCUAUAGUGGGUCAUGACAAUCAUGCUUGUCAUUUUAACUUGUUAUUAAAUUAUCGCUUUUUUAUUUUAUAUACUAAUUAGAAACGCCUUCAGUCACUUAGCGUAUUUUAAAUAGAAACGUCAAUGGAUAGGCGGUGAUUCUGUGACAAGUUUAAAACGGUUCGUUUUUACGCGAAAAAUUUGAGGUAAAAAUCUAGAGUGUUCCAAAGGGAUUAAAAUUACUAUGACAAGUGGAAGCACCGGUUCUACUUUUCCAUCAUGGCAAUUAGCAAUAUUAAUGGGCGCGCCGGUAGCUAUCGGUUUAGGUUAUCUCUAUUUGAGAAAUAGUUCUAAUAAAAAUAAACCCGAUGCAGCACAAAAAUUGAGCUUAGAUAAAAAAUCAAUAUCUCUGGAUGAAUCUGCAGCUGAAGAACAAAGCACAACAUCUCAAGAUCCUUUUGAAAAGGCAAAGAGUUAUAAAAAUAAGGGAAACAUGCUUUUUAAAGAUGGUAAAUAUGAUGAAGCUAUUUUAAUGUAUCGCAAAGCAAUCGAAGAAUGCCCAACAGAUAAAAAAUCAGAUAUAGCAACAUAUUAUCAAAAUUGUGCAGCUGCAUAUGAGCAACUUAAGAGGUGGAGUAAAGUAAAACAAGAAUGUACUAUGGCCCUAGAAUUGAAUCCUAAGUACAUAAAAGCGCUAUCUCGCAGAGCUAGAGCAUAUGAAAACACAAAUGAGUUAGAAGAGUGCUUAGAAGAUAUAACAGCCGUUUGCAUACUUGAAGGUUUUGAAAAUCAAACAUCUCUAAUAACUGCUGAUCGUAUUCUGAAACAAUUAGGUCGCACGCAUGCUCAAGAGAGUAUAAAAAAUAGAAAACCUGUAAUGCCUUCUACUAAUUUUAUAAAGUCUUAUUUUUCUUCAUUUUCUGAGGAUCCAUGUAAAAUUACUAUUACAAAUCCUAGUAGUGAAGAACCUCUCAAAGGCUUUAUUCGUGCUCAAAACUGCUUUGAAGAAGAAGAUUAUGAUUCUAUUAUUCCUGCAUGUACAGAAGAAAUUGAAUAUAGCGAAGCUGAGGCACAAUAUAAAAUGGAAGCUCUAGUACUACGUGCAACAUUUUAUUUAUUAGUUGGGCAGCAUAAUGAGGCACUGACAGAUUUUGACACUAUUAUAAACAAUCAAGAUGCUCCUAAGAAAGUUAAGGUAAAUGCAUUAAUUAAAAGGGCUACCUUAUAUAUGCAACAAGAAAAGGUUGACCAAUGUUUGCAAGAUUUUAAAACUGCCGCUGAAGUAGAUGAUCAAAACCCGGAUGUUUACCAUCAUCGAGGGCAAGUACAUCUCUUAAUGAGUGCAAUUGAAGAAGCUAAGUCAGAUUUUGAAAAGGCAGUAAACCUGAAUCCAAAUUUUCCUAUUGCUUAUGUCCAAAAAAUAUAUACAGACCAUCGAUAUGCUUUUGCUGUUAAGGACAUGAAUAAGGCAAAAGAAAUAAUUGGUGCCUUUGACAAUGCCAUUAAAAAAUUCCCUCUCUGUAUAGAGUGCUAUACUUUAUAUGCACAAGUGCUUUGUGAUCAAAGACAAUACUCCAAAGCAGAUUCAUAUUUCUCUAAAGCCAUUGAAAUUGAGCCUAAUAAUGCUAUUGUUUAUGUUCAUAAAGGAUUACUAAGGUUGCAAUGGACAGGUGAUGUUGAUACUGCAGUUCAAUUGAUUAAUGAAGCUAUUUCACUUGAUCCCAAAUGUGAAUUUGGCUAUGAAACUUUAGGAACUAUUGAGGUUCAACGAGGGAAUCUUGAACGUGCAAUUGAAAUGUUUGAAAAAGCAUUAUGCCUAGCAAAAACUGAAAUGGAAAUGACCCAUUUGUAUUCUUUAAAAGAUGCUGCUGUUGCACAACUAAACGUAGCAAAGAAAUAUGGGGGUACAAUACAAAGUGUUACAGGAUUAAUGUAGAAUACAAUUUAUAUUACAAAAUAAUUUGCUUGUUUCUUCUGUAGUUUAAUUACA